AUGGCAUCAGCCUCCUUCCACGACUCGCUCAACUCGCUUGGCUGGUCGAGGCGUGGUGAGACGGCAGCGCAUGCCCCCGCGCAGUCAAACACGCCUUUCUUCUCCAAGAUACAGUCAUGGAACCCGCUCGGUAGCGGGCGCGGUGGAUACGUGCAGCUCUCGCCGGAGACUGCUGCCUCGUCGGCGCCUCUGCCUGCGCCGUCCAGGAGGGAGGAGGAGGAGGCCUGGUUUGCUCUAUCCCGCUGGGACCGAAUGCUGAUCUUCGCGGCCUGCAAUGUCGGAGCUCUCAUCUGCUUUGCCAUCUGCUUCAUCCUCAUCAUGCCGUUGAUGCUGAAACCGCGCAAGUUUGCUAUCCUGUAA